UCUGGAGUCCCUGAAGGUCUGUGGCUCCGGACAGCUGCCUGGCACACCCACAAAAGCCAUGACUGGAUUUGGCGGACUGUUUUCGGGGAGGCUCUGACCUGAGCGUCGCUCAUAUUAUCUGGUUAAUAAGCGCAUGGGAAGCAUCACUUAAAGCUCUCCCUGGAGCCCAGUGUGGCCUCACUGCAGGGGGUAAUGAUCUUUUUUAUUAACAGUUGCAGAAUGGACACUAACGAGGUGGCUGAACUUCUCCUCCCAGUGUGAACCUAACAUCGCUCCACAAUGACAGUACAAAGACCGAGUAAGCAGAAAUGUAACAACAGUUGUUGGGAGGCUUCAGAGCAUUGACAGCUCUGGGUUUGCCCGUGCGGGGCUCCAAGACGUACAAGGAAACCCCGAGGAUCAGGGCCUCCUGUCCGGAUGACACCAGCAGGAGCCAGCCACAAUCCCCUCCUGAGCUAGCAUUAGCCAGGCUAACAAAUGUCUUCCCUUAAUUCGACAUAAUUGCAAAUGGAUAACUGUAUUCAAAAACUUUUAGUUGAGGUGUUUAUGGGUGAGAGUUGUUAAGGAGGUCGCUAUAACCGGAUGGACGGACAACAUCGAUUUCAGGACCGUGAGUAAAAACUGCGGAGGGGUCUUCAGGCAUGAUGGAGGGACUUCAUAGUCAGGCUAUUAGCCUGGACCCACGCAGGCAGGAGCUGCUAGAGGCCCGCUUUACUGGAGUUGGCGUGACCAAGAGUUCAGCCAAUAGUGAAUCAUCCAACCAGUCUCUAUGCAGUGCAGGAUCACUCAGUGACAAGGAACUGGAGACACCAGAGAAGAAGGGCAAUGAGCAGAGAAUCAGGAAGAGAAAAGGAGACAUCUAUGACAGCAACAGCCAGGGAAAACUGAGGGGGCAAAAAAUAAGUGAUUAUUUUGAGUUUGCUGGUAGCAGUGGCUCUGGCACCAGUCCUGCUCGGGGCAUUUCCAUGCUGGUGCGCUCCUCUCCCCAACAUUCACUGUCUAAUCCUUUGUUUCAGCACGGCAGUCCUUCGUCCACAGGCUCAGUACACACUGACUCUUCCUCUUGCAGCUCAGUUAAAACAGCCCCCACAUACUCAUGCUCACACAAGGCCAUCCAGUCAGAACUGACGCUGCUGAAGCUGAGCGCUCUAGAGAAGGACAAGAACUCUGACCUGGAGAAGAAGGAGGGGAGGAUAGACGACCUGUUGAGGGCUAACUGUGACUUGAGGCGGCAGGUAGAUGAGCAGCAGAAAAUGCUGGAGCGCUACAAGGAACGGCUUAACAAGUGUGUGACCAUGAGCAAGAAGCUCCUGAUCGAGAAGUCAAAGCAGGAGAAAAGGGCCUGCAGGGACAAGAGCAUGCAGGACCGUCUGCGUCUUGGCCACUUUACCACUGUCCGGCAUGGAGCCUCCUUCACUGAGCAGUGGACAGAUGGAUUUGCCUUCCAGAACCUCAUCAAGCAGCAGGAGAAAAUCAACUCGCAGAGGGAGGACAUAGAGAGGCAGAGGAAGCUGCUUGGGAAAAGGAAACCGCCAUCCAUGGCCUCAACCCUUCCACCCAGUCUGGAACAGAACAAGCGAAAGAGCCGGAGCAACGGCCAAGAGAAUGAGGCGUUGUCUUUAGCAGAAUAUCACGAGCAAGAGGAGAUCUUCAAACUUCGAAUUGGUCACAUGAAGAAGGAAGAAGCAGAGAUCCAAUCAGAGCUUGAGCAUUUGGAGCGAGUUAGAAACCUGCACAUCAGGGAACUGAAGAGAAUCCAUAACGAAGACAGCUCACAAUUUAAAGACCACCCUACACUGAACGAGAGAUAUCUUCUGUUAUAUUUACUUGGAAAAGGUGGCUUCAGUGAAGUUUUCAAGGCUUUUGAUUUGACAGAGCAAAGGUAUGUGGCCAUUAAAAUCCAUCAACUCAACAAGAACUGGAGGGAGGAGAAGAAACAGAACUACCACAAACACGCGUGUCGAGAAUAUAGAAUCCACAAAGAACUUGACCACCCUAGGAUAGUCAAACUGUUUGAUUACUUCUCACUGGAAACAGACUCGUUCUGCACAGUGCUGGAGUACUGUGAAGGCAACGAUCUGGACUUCUACUUGAAGCAGAAUAAGCUGAUGUCUGAGAAGGAGGGUCGCUCCAUUGUCAUGCAGAUUGUCAACGCACUCAAGUACCUCAAUCAGAUCCGCCCGCCAAUCAUCCACUACGACCUCAAGCCAGGAAACAUCCUGUUGGUGAACGGCACAGCUUGUGGAGAGAUUAAGAUCACUGACUUUGGUCUGUCUAAGAUCAUGGAUGACGACAGCUACAGCUCUGCAGAUGGCAUGGAUCUGACGUCACAGGGCGCAGGGACCUACUGGUACCUGCCCCCUGAGUGCUUUGUGGUGGGCAAGGAGCCGCCCAAAAUAUCCAACAAGGUGGACGUUUGGUCUGUAGGGGUCAUCUUCUACCAGUGUUUAUAUGGACGCAAGCCGUUCGGUCAUAACCAGUCGCAGCAGGACAUCCUUCAAGAAAACACCAUAUUAAAAGCUACUGAUGUGCAGUUUCCCCCCAAACCUGUGGUCACCACGGAAGCAAAGGCCUUCAUUCGACGCUGCCUGGCAUAUCGCAAAGAGGACCGUGUGGAUGUUCUGCAGUUGGCCAGCGACCCCUUCCUCAUGCCACAUAUUCGCAAAGCGCUGGGCAGCAGCACACUGCUGCCGCCUCCUCUUCCCUCCACCUCCAGCGUCUUCAGCAGCAGUGCCUCUGACUGAAGCUAAACAAAACAAAAAACAACCUAGGAUGAAGCCACGUGGAGACAUUACACGCUUUAAGAAACUUCUUUGCUCCCUUUAUGAAAGAGAGCACGAUGAGUCGUAGAGAUCCUAAAAAAGUGUGAAUGGAACCAAAAUGAUGGGGGAUGUGGUGAUGUAGUAAAUAAGACA